UUUGCGGCCCGGUCAUGUGCCUUGCGGCAGCCGGCGGCCGGUUUGGAAUUCUGGCGGUGACCGAAUGCGGCGCGCGGGCCCUCGUCCCCCGGCGAUCAACCGUCUGAGUGAUCUGCCCUUGCUGUAAAUGAGUUUGUGACCCUGGUUGCAUGUGUGCACCAGAAGUAUGUCAGGUUGGCCAUGGUCCUCAAUUCAUUGCUGAAGUUGGUUCAGAGGCAAACCUACACCUGUCUGUCUCAUCAAUAUGGCCUUUACCUCUGUUUUGGAGGAUUAGUGCUCAUGAUUGUGUCUGCCUUUCAGUUUGGAGAGGUUGUUGUGGAAUGGAGCCGAGACCAAUAUCAUGUCAUGUUUGAUUCUUAUCGCGACAACGUAGCUGGAAAAUCAUUCCAAAAUAGAUUAUGUCUGCCAAUGCCAAUUGAUGUGGUCUAUACAUGGGUGAAUGGUACAGACCCAGGUUUGCUGAAGGAACUACAUGAAGUAAGGGAACAGAUGAAGAAAGACCAACGUACAUUAAAGGAAAGUCUUGGAAAUGCUACAGAAGCUACUAAGGAAAGUGAGAAGCAGCCAGAAUGCUUGUUGUCACAAUGUGUGAAGGGGCCAAUGAUUGUUUUGGAUCCGAGUUUGCCAGCAAACAUUACAGUCAAGGAACUGCCUUCAAUCUACCCAUACUUUCAAGCUGUCAAACAUGUAUUGCAAAUACCAAAGCUGAAAAAUCCAUCCUCCAAUAUUACUGUAAUUAUGUUUGAUAAUCAAAAAGAAGUGGAUGACACACUUUCAGCAAUACAAAAGCAAAACGAUAAACGACUUGCAUGGAGAGGCUAUCUGACCACAGAUAAAGAAUCUCCUGGGUCAGUCUUAAUGCCGAACCUUGCUUUUCUGAGUGGGUUUCCAGCUUCAUGCAAAGAGGAGGAACAACUUCGAGCCAAACUCCCACCAGUUGUUACUGGCAAAAUGAAGCAGCUGCAGUUGUAUUCUGAAGCUGGUGUUGUGCUACUGCUGCUUAAUGAUCCCAGAGAUUUUGUGGAAUUAACUAAACAACCCAAGAAUAACAUGACUAUAGAAGGAAAAGAGAUCACAAUCAACCCUGUUUAUUUACUGUGGGAUCUCAGCACCAUCAGCCAGUCCAAGCAGGAUGAUGAUAUUUCAUCCAGUCGAUUUGAGGACAACGAAGAACUGCGAUAUUCUUUGCGUUCUGUGGAGAGAUAUGCACCUUGGAUUCGACAUGUCUUUAUUGUGACAAAUGGUCAGAUUCCUUCCUGGUUAAACUUGGACAAUCCACGUGUUACAAUAGUAACACACCAGGAAAUUUUCAGGAAUGUUAGCCAUUUGCCAACGUUCAGUUCCCCUGCUAUUGAAACACACCUACACCGAAUUCCAGGUCUUUCUCAAAAGUUCAUUUAUCUAAAUGAUGAUGUAAUGUUCGGGAAAGAAGUGUGGCCUGAUGAUUUCUAUUCUCAUUCUAAUGGACAAAAGGUUUACCUCACAUGGCCAGUUCCAAAUUGUGCUGAUGGAUGUCCUGGGUCAUGGAUUAAAGAUGGCUAUUGUGAUAAAGCUUGCAAUAAUUCAGCUUGUGACUGGGAUGGAGGCGAUUGUCUUGGUAAUAUUGCAGGUAACCGUGGCGGUGGUGCUGGAGGAGUGGUGAAUGCGCAGGCCUGGCAGUUUGCUGGAGGGCUCCCUGGAAUAACGUAUUGUAACCAAGGUUGUGCCAACUCCUGGCUGGCUGAUAAAUUUUGUGAUCAAGCUUGUAAUGUCCUAUCAUGUGGGUUUGAUGCUGGCGAUUGUGGGGAGGAACACUUUGAUCAGAUGUAUGAUGUGAACCUUCUUCUUAAUCAGACUCAUUACGUGCUUCCAAAAGGUGAGGCGUCACCUUACUUCCAUUUUGAGGGCUUUGCUCACAAAAUCACAGAGGCCUCAUUCACUGAUAAUGCUAUAAUUCGCCAUGCUUCUGUGGCCAACAAAUGGAAGACCAUUCACUUGAUCAUGCACAGAGAAAUGAAUGCAACCACAAUCCAUUUCAAUUUGACUUUCCUGGACAAAAGUGACAGAGAGUUUAAAAUGCACCUCACUGUAGAUGCUGACACCCGAGAAGGUCAGAAAUCAAACCAAACUGUCAUUUCAAAGAAGCAAGAAAAGGCUACAAAUCUCACUGCAGCACCAUUAGAAAUGGAGAUUCCAUUCAAAGACAUUGCUGAAGAACUGCAAUUCCCCAAAAUUCAAGAAAGGACUUUAGAUAAGUUGAAUGUCAGUCUUCUAAUCGGCCUUCAGUUUAUUAACAUAUCACUUCUGCCUGUUGAUGUUCAGAAAGAUUUGAAAGAAUUGGAUGCAAAAUUAGAAGAUGGUGAUAUCACACUUAAAGGGUACAAUCGAACAAAGGUGAUGAUUUUGGAGCCGUUCAGAAAGCUUACACGAUCUUCAAAACAAAAUGGAAGUAAAGACGUUGUGUCUCAGCACUCAGCGAAGAUUAAUUUGUUAAAGAAUGUAGGCUUAUUGGACAGGAGAGUUGCUGGUAGAGGAUAUGUUCACAAGGAUGAAGAUGCUAAAAACCACUUAACAGAAGAGCAAGUUGAGAAUGGGCAGGUUGGAAGAAAUGAACAAGCUGCUAAUCAAGUGUCUCUAAGUUCCUUAUUUGCAAUGAAAAUGAAUAACCUAUUAAAAAGCCCUGCCAAAGAUUUGCCAAUCCUCCAAAAAGCUGAAAUCAGACCUAUCACUUCACAGAAAAUUCUUAAUAUUCUCAUACCAAAUAACAGCAGCAAGUUAAAACAAGAUCAAAAUGUAAGAGGAAUAGAAAGAAAAGUCAAGCACCAAGGGCAAAGGGAUGGAGUCCUGAAGGAGGUUAUUGCUGAGGCUGCAGAAAUUGAAAUUAAAAAUAACAGUACAGGACAUGCCAACAGAAAGCUGCAGCAUUAUGCUGGGAGUAAUGCUGGAUUUUUGCCCUGGGAAAAGCAAGGAUAUUUCCAGGAUCUAUUAGAAGAGGAUGCAAAACUGGAGAAGGCACUUGCAUACCACACUGACAAUAAACAGGUGGGAAGAAAACUCCAAGACACGUUUGCAGACUCACUGCGCUAUGUAAAUAAACUUCUCAAUACAAAGUUUGGAUUUGCUUCUCGAAAAGUUCCUGCCCACAUGCCUCACAUGAUUGACCGUUUUAUCAUGGAUGAUCUUCAAGCUAUGUUUCCAAAGGCUUUCGACCAGACUUCUAACCACAAAGUUCGUCAUUCUGAAGACAUGCAGUUUGCAUUUUCAUAUUUUUACUAUGUAAUGAGUGCACUGCAGCCACUAAACCUUUCUGAUGUUUUUGAUGAAGUUGACACAGAUCGAUCAGGGAUCCUCUCUGAUCGAGAAAUCCGGACACUAGCAACUAGGAUUCAUGAGCUCCCACUAAGCUUGCAGGACUUAACUGGUCUGGAACAGAUGCUGAUCAAUUGCUCAAAGAUGCUUCCCACAAAUGCCACUCAAAUUGAUAAAGUCCCUCCAACCCAGGAGGCUUAUUAUGACCCAAACCUGCCGCCAGUGACCAAAGGACUUGUGAUGAAUUGCAAACCUGUUACUGACCGUAUUCGCAAGACUUACAAGGAUAAAAAUAAAUACAAGUUUGAAAUCAUGGGGGAAGAGGAGAUUGCUUUUAAAAUGAUUCGUACUAAUGUUUCUCAUGUUGUUGGCCAAUUGGAUGACAUCCGAAGAAACCCCAGGAAAUUUGUUUGCUUAAAUGACAACAUUGACCAUAAUCACAAGGAUGGAGCCACAGUGAAGGCAGUGCUUCGAGAUUUCUAUGAAUCAUUGUUCCCAGUGCCAUCCCAGUUUGAACUGCCAAGAGAGUACCGCAACAGAUUUCUCCAUAUGCAUGAACUUCGGGAAUGGAGAGCUUACAGAGACAAGUUGAAGUUCUGGACACACUGUGUACUAGUGACUCUGAUUAUUUUCACGGUUUCGUCUUUCUUUGCUGAACAGUUGAUUGCACUAAAGCGAAAGAUUUUCCCAAGAAGACGGGUGUAUAUGAAUAUUGCUCCCGAUCGAAGUAGCGUGUAGAAAACAGUGGCAACAAGAAACUCCUUCAGUUCUUAAUGUAGAACUCAGACUUCUGACCAGCAACAAUGAAAAUGGCAAAGAAUUGACUGAAGGAACUGAACAAGCGUCUAUGAAUGUACCAAAGGGGAAUGGAAUUCAUGGCUAAACACCAUGCUAUGUACCUGAAAUGUACCACUCAGAAAAUGAGCAAUUUUGCAGAAUGGGAAUAAUUGGAUCUUAACCGUCAACUGGAUUUAUCAGCAUUGGACCAUUGACAUUUUAACCUGUACCAACGGUUGUUGGAAGCAGGCAGAUAAAUUGUAAGAGCAUCACAGAGGGCUACAAUAAUGAGACCUGAACUUACAAAGGAAAUUAGUGGGAUUUGUUUUAAAUCAUCUCUCCCAAGUUCCAUUCCAUGCAAAAUAUGUUGACAUACUUCAUGGAAGUGAUGUUGUGCUGUUGUGGGUGAUGGGCAGGGCUGCUGCACUAUAAAAGAACAAGGAUGCCUUUUCCCCCUGUGCUAUAUUGCAAUAAGAUUGUGGCAUAGCUUUACACAGACUGCAAAGGUCACAAAGAACCCUGAAUCAGAUGGAAAACAGGUGGUAAUGAUGCUGAUAUAGUAUUUGUAAUAUGCACUCCAGUUAGGUGUGGAGAAUAUAUUUUAUCACACUCCUGCAGAUGUGCAAGACACUGUGUGUUUAUAGGGCCUUUAUAAUAAUAGAAUUCUGUAUCAAACUGAACUGUUAAUGCUGCACUGUGCCCUGUGAAUGCAGCAGACAUGCUGACCUGCUGUAAAAUGACUAUGCUGCUGUCCCUUGAUUCCCAUGUGGAAUAAGUCAAUAAGUGUAUUUCAAGAGUAGCAAAAUACUACCCAUUGAGUAUAAAAGUGUGAAUCUAACCUCAUUUUUCAUAUCAAUUGCUGGUUCUCCACACAUUGCAGUAACAUACCCAAGUGCCUGUCAUGGUUGAUGCAGUUCACAGUGGUGUUAGAUAUUUAUUUAUUUUAGAAGAGUGGUUGCUACAUUUUUGAAUUGGCUAAAAAUAAAUUUGCACGCCGUUUUUGUUUCAGGUGAGUCCGCUUUUGAAGGGAAAAUGUUUUCAUAUUUUUUAAGUAGUAGACUGUAUUGUCUUAUCUCCAUUGAAAUGUGGGCAAAUGUACAAUUUUUUAAUCUUUUUGGUCUUUGAUUUAAAAUACAGCUUUGGCAACAAGAAAUUAAAUAGCAUAUAAAUUAUUAACAUCAAAUCUAAAUCAGCAUAAUUCAUUUACCAGGAAAUCUUUUCUCACCUUUAAGCAUUUUUUUGGCAAAAUGCCAUAAUUUUUAUAGAUAAGUACUUGAAAUUGAGACACAGCAAUAGAUAACUUUUUGAAACAGCAACAGAUUCCCAGGAUGCGUCUCCAGUGUGACUCUUUGGUCAUAUUUGUAGUUUUGGCAUCUCUGUGGGGUUGUACUGAAAAUGUGGAGAAGGACUUUACCAGUUGUCACUCUUCUUCAGAUUGACCCAUUUGACAUCCUUUGAGCCAAUCAUAACCUAUCCACCCUUGUCAUAAAUCUGAUCAGACUAAAUAGCUAUAAUCAUACAGUUUUAGCCAGAUCUUAGCACAGCUAUUCAUAAAUCUAUUUUCUUGUUGUUUUUGUGAAGGGCAUGCUUGUUACUUUUUUUUUAAAUAACUUAUACUUUUUAAAAAAGAUAAAAAAUAUUGCUCUGUAAAUUAACUAUGAAGAAAGCUUAUUGUUUUUGCAGAAUUAAGAGUUUAAAUUGCGAAGUAUCACUGAACAAAAAUGAUGUCUGAGUAUUCUGGUGAUGAAAGCUUCUCGUGUAAAAAUGUUUGCAGAAUUAGAAGGUAUCUGUCUGGUGUCUGCACACUCUAAUGACCUGAAAUGCACACUUAAGACAAAAGCAAAAUACUACGGAUGCUGGAAAUCUGAAAUAAAUACAAAAUGUUGGGAA